AGGCUGCCAUGGAUGUGCACCUCGAUACCCUUGAGGGUCAGGAGAGCGCAAGCAACAGCAGCAAGGGAAGCAGCAACACAGGAGACAAGCAAGAUGUUGCUAUGAGGACAGAUUCCUCAAAAAUGACUGAUGUGGAGCCCGUGGUCAACAAUUUUGCAUCUUCCGCAAGGACAGGCCGCCGGAAUGCUGUACCAGACAUCCAGGGCUCAGCUGCGACAGGCGGAAGCUCAGAGCUGCCCCUCAAAUUGGAGGCCCUCUCUAUGAAGGAAGAUGUGAAAAAGAAAGAUGAAGAAACAACACAAGAUGAAUUGGAAAAGCCCAAAAAUGAAGAAAAAUGAAGGCUUAUAACCUAUCAAGAGUGCUGAAUUUCUGCACAUUGGAAGACCUGGUGGCUCUGCUUUCCUGAGAUGUUUGACUUAUUAGCAACUAUGGUAACACUGCAGCCCUCAGCAACAUGUGUGUGUUAGAUCAUUUUGUUGUGAUGCUACUCAGUUGGAUUGCAACCAUGAUGUCCAACGUAGGUUAUUAAAAGGCAGACCACUUGCAAAUUGCACCCAAAGAAAAGGUUAAGAAUGUAUGGUCACUUAAAUACAUAUCAUUGUCUAUAAACCCUACAAAAUACACUGUUCUCUUUUGGAUUUAUUUAGCCAGAUGUAUUUUUAAUUCCAUUUUUAUGAUAACGAGUAAACCAUUUCUUGGUAAAUAUAAACCAAACACCAUUAAUUUAUAACUUUAUGGAGUAUGUGGGGAAUUAUGGUUUUUGGUGAAAAGGUAUAAUAGAAAAGUCAAGAACACGUGGAUAGAGUGUAGUUGUGUCAUCUUGGGCAAUUUACAUCAUGUCUCUAAGUUUCAGUUUUUAACCCAAAGUACACCAUUUUUUCCCCCAAACCCUAAGAAGAUUUGGAAAAAUAGUAAACGUGUGACAACCUAAACAGAUCUAGGAUGUUUUUGUCUGAUAUAUUUUGCUUCUAGUCUAUGCAUACUGUGAUUUUUCAUGUGGACUCUUAAAAUGCAAAAUUUGCAACAAAUUGUUUGUGGAAACAUGCCUAUUAAAUGAAUUUCACUAUCCUCCUUAA